AUGUGCACUCGUGCUGGACGCGAAUGCCAAGGGUAUACGGCGCCACCCGACAAGAGAACCCGUGAAGUCCGAGAUUCGCACACCGCGAGGACAAAUGGUGGUACUCUAAACAUUGUGCAUGUGGGUCAGCAACAAGCCCAAUCUGCUGGUUUGGUCCACGUCGUUGAUGGGAGUCAAAUUGGCUUGUCGCGGAUGGAACGUGACUAUCUAUAUUCAUUUCGUUCGUAUACUGCUGGCCAGUGUGCUGGGUAUCACUUCGACCCAUUCUGGCAGGUUCUUGUCCAUCAAGUGAGCGAAUCUUGCCCCGUGGUCCGCCAUGCAGCUAUUGGUAUCGGUGCCUUGCAUCGUAGAUUUACGAACCCUGGUUCCAGCCGGAAUGACAUUUUCCCAAUCCGGCAGUCCACAAAGGCCAUUGCUUGUCUUCGCAAGACUAUGAUGAAGGACGACCAAUUGGAUCCCUCGGCCACGGAGAAGGUCCUGGUAGCCUGUGUUGUAUUAAUUACAUUCGCCCUAUUCCAAGGCGAUGUUGAUGCCGUUCGCUGUCAUCUGCGAGCUGGCACCAAACUCCUUUGGGAGUGGAGAAAGAAAAAUACGAAGAGCCCUGUUGCUUCGGUUUUAUUACAUACAUUCAUACAACUCCAUAUCCACUGGGCAAGCGCUACGAGGCUCCAGGAUUAUCUGGGAGGAGGUUAUCCCUAUCUUCAAGAACUUAUCCAUGACAACCUUGUCGAUAUCUCUACAUAUGCCGAUGAGCUAUCAAAAGCGACUAUGCUGGUGUCCGUCCAAUCUUGGGCAUUAACGUUAAGUGAUCCUGUGUCGUUUGACCCGCAGACCACCAAUCUGUCGCAAGGAUUUACAUGGGACACUCCCGCGAACAAAGUCCAUCGAUUUAAAACACAAGUGGAGGAGUGUGGCGCUCUUCACAGAAAGACUGCCUCUUCCACAAAGCUCCGUGCCUUCAUGCUCCUCCAGAUACAAACUGAGAUGAUGCAAAUCAUCCUCGCCUCAACAACAUUCUCAGGCUCCGAGACAGAAUGGGAUCCUCUAUUUCCCCAUUUUCGGGGUAUUGCCGAUAAAGCGGAAGUCUUGUUGAGUAGCUUCAAUCACUUGCCAGACCCUUUGUUUUCCGUCAAGGAAGGAUUCCUAGGAACCCUCAUGUUUUGUGGGCUCAAAUGUCGGGACUGGACGGUUCGGCAGAAAGUGUUGGCUAUCUGCCGAAAGUACAAUCGCCGAGAGGGACUGUUUUCUACCGCAGAAGCUAUUCUCCUCUUACAGCUUGUCUACGAUGUUGAGUCUGCAGGGAUUCCGCCGGGAGAGGAAAUACCCGAGUCCGCUCGUAUCCCCCUAGUGUACAUCGCCGAAUAUCCAAACCAUUCAAAAUUCAACACCAAAACCCACAUCAAAUAUUGUGAUAGGGAUGGAAAUUGGUACAGUGAAUGGCUGUCACCGUGA